AAGAGGUAAAACCACCAAGUCUGCACGCUUCAUUCACCAUCAUCUGUGCUUCAGUGAUUGUGCUGGGAUAAGCACCCAGCCUUUGCUGUCACUGAGUCAUGGAUCUGCUCCAUAGUUGGGGGGUGAGCCUGGCGGUCUAUUUGCAAAAAGAGUACAUUGCCUAUGACAGUUGGUUUCAGCUGAUUUCCUAUGGGGCAGACCUCCACACCACCUUCUAUGUCUUCUUCCCCAUCUGGUUCCACCUGAAAAGGGACGUUGGCAUCAAGCUCAUCUGGGUGGGUGUGGUUGGGGACUGGCUUAACCUGGUGCUAAAAUGGGUUCUUUUUGGAGAAAGGCCUUACUGGUGGGUUCAUGAGACCAGGUUUUAUGGCACUGAGUCAGCGCCUGCUCUCAGGCAGCUUUCCAUCACAUGCGAGACUGGACCAGGAAGUCCUUCUGGUCAUGCAAUGGGCUCUGCUGCAGUAGGGUAUGCAAUGAUCACAUCAUUGCUAUCCAUUGCUGCUCAGAGAAAACCUCCUGCUUUGCUUUACUGGCUUUUACAGAUGGUGCUAUGGGUGCUGUUGGGCCUGGUGGAGCUGUUUGUCUGCAUGUCUCGUGUUUAUGUUGCUGCCCACUUCCCCCACCAGGUUAUAUGUGGAGUUAUCUUAGGUAUCAUUGUAGCUGAGAUAUUCUCAAGACAGCAGUGGAUUUACAACACCAGCCUGAAGAGGUACUUCAGCAUCACUCUGUUCCUGCUCGUUUUUACCGUGGGCUUUUAUGUUCUCUUGAAGGCUGUAGGUGUGGAUCUGUUGUGGACUCUGGAAAAAGCUCAGAAAUGGUGCGUGAAUCCAGCCUGGGUCCUCAUGGACACGACACCAUUCGCCAGCCUGAUGCGCAACAUGGGCACCUUCUUUGGUCUGGGCUUGGGCCUCCACUCACCACUCUAUAACAAAAGCAAGAAGAACACCAGCACACCAUUCAGAAUAGGCUCUAUUGUAAUAUCAUUAAUUCUUCUGCAGCUCCUGGACUUUUUGACCUUCCCUUCGGAUAACCAUAUAAUAUUUUACAUUCUGUCAUUCACAAAGAGUACUGUUGCCCUUUUAGUUCCCACCAUACUUGUUCCUAGAGGUUUGUCCUUGUUUUUACAGGAAAGUAAAGUUGAAAAGUUCUCAUAGAUAAAUAUUUCAGGGGUUGACAGUGGUGAAUGAUAAAUGCUCAGUCUGAAGGUCAGUAUAUUGCUAUAUAUAUGUAUAUAUGUUCAACAGUGAUUCAGCUCAGGUACUUCUCCAGCAUCAGGCUUCAAACUUCCAUGUUUGUUGAAAAUACUUCAGAGGCCAAGUAAUGAACAUGUAUUGUAUAGUAUUUAAAGGUUUACACUACUGGUGCCUAAGAACUUUUCAGCCAAGCCCAUUCUGAGACCUUCUAACAUCUCAAGCAAUGUUCCAUUUAUUUUCUGUGAAGGACUUAAGCUUUGUAUGUGAAAAAGACCGGACUGAAGGUCUUCUGUAUCUACUCCAAGGUCACCUUACUAGAUUUUUAAGAACCAAUUAAUGACCAGUUGUUGUGUAAGAGUGGUUUGUUUUGGUUAACUUCAGUUGGAAUGAUAUCUCAUUCCAUAUCUUCUGAAUGAGUCUGGCCCAUUCAUUACAAAUUGACUAUUUUUCAGAAAACAUGUUCAAAGGUCAUUCUGUCAGCUCUUGCACUCUGUACUACUCAAUGAAGAUAGUGUUCUAUACGUGUGGGAUUGUACAAUGCUGAGUUACUAAUUGCCAUCUGAGCCAUGCAAGUCCAACAGUUACAACUGCAUAUCUUGUAGAUGUAGAUUUUAGAGAUUAUGGAACUGUUCGGUGUAACGCAUAAAGCUUAAAUGAUCUGUGCAUUUAUGUGUAGAAAUAAAUAAGGUGUCAUCCUGAAGAGAAAUGUACAUUUUAAAAAAUGUGUUAUUCUAUUGUUACUUGGGGAAAAGGCAUAGCACAGUUUGGUGAUUUCCCUGCUCUCACACACCUAAUAAAUCCGGCAAUCAAUAGCUAAAGACUUAAAUCAGCUUUGAGCAUUAAAAUGACCAAUCUGUUUUGGAUCCCUAACAUAAGCGGUCCUUUAUGCUUGGAUGAAACUUUUUUCCUUUCGACUAAUUAUGUAUUGCUAUGUUGUUGUAUAUUAAACCAAACUCUUUGCUUAACUGAUAAAAAGCAUCCAUGUCA